AUGAUUACUUCUGAAUCUUCGAACAACAUGCAGCUACAAUUGCAAGGUACUUAUUUUGGUUUACGCAUUUACACAAACACUAGUGUUAAUGUGAUGAGCAACCUCGCACAUGUCAUGGCAGUCUCCAUCGUCGGAUUAAUCUGUGAUAAUUUAGUGAUGGUUGGCCAGCAGAAGAUUGUUCCUUACUUACAUCAAACGGAGUCAGGCCGUGUUGCCAAGCUUGAGAUUUUCUCUCACUAUGUUGCUAGGCAAAUGGGAUUUGUAGAUGCCGGCGAGGUUCCAGAGUUGUGCAGAUUGGCACAGGACUACUUAAGAAACACGGAAGGGUGUAAAGAAAAUAUAUAUCAAUAUCUAGCCAAUGGGGACAACGCUAAUGCACUAUAUGCAAAAUUGAUUGAAGAAUUUGAAAGAUGCAUCCUCAGUUAUUUUGCUUUUCAUUGGAACCGAGCUUCAUUUAUCAUUACCCAGGUAUUAAGUUCUCAGUCCCAACCCAAAAUAAAUCUCAAAAAUAUUCUUUUGGAAGCCACAAGGGAACAUAGGUUUGAGAGAAUAACAAAGAAACUAAAGGUGGCCAGAGUGUUCUCUACAUUGGUUGAAGAGAUUAAAGCAAUAAAGGGCGACUCGCAAAGUUGUGAUGACAAGGUCUCCAUUGUCCAGAGUGAGAGGAGUCCAGUGUUGCUGCUUAUGGGUGGAGGCAUGGGAUCUGGAAAAAGCAUUGUUCUUAAAGACAUUCUUAGAGAAUCAUUUUGGUCAGAAGCUGCAUCCAAUGUUGUGGUUGUUGAAGCAGAUGCUUUUAAGGAGAGUGAUGUCAUUUAUAGAGCUCUUAACUCUAAGGGCCACCAUGAUGAAAUGCUUCAAAGUGCUGAACUGGUGCAUCAGACUUCAACUGAUGCUGCAUCAUCUCUACUAGUGACAGCUUUAAAUAAAGGGCGAGAUGUGAUCAUGGAUAGUACCUUAGCAUGGGAACCUUUCCUAGAGCAAACUAUUGCUAUGGCAAGAAAUGUUCACAAAAAGCGUUGUCUAAGGUAA